GAUGUAUUGUUUUGUUUGUGUGGGCGCCAUUCUUUUGCUUGUCCUGCCAUGAAUCGACGCUUUAAUCGUCUUGACCCAAGGGAUGUUAUCCCAAGCAGGCAUUCUAUUUUUAUAAGGGGAUUACCGGGCAACACUGACACAGCUAAACUAAAAGAAGUAUUUUCUAAGGAUAUUGGCGCCCCUUGCUCAGUCGACUUUUUCUCCGCUUCUGAAAACGGGACUCGACUAUCAAUUGCUAUUCGUUUUGAGUCUCAUGAAUCAGCGAAAGAGAUGCUCAUGAAGUAUAACGGCAAGAAGUUGCUUGGCUUUCCCGUCCAAAUAACCUGGUUCAAAGAUCUUAAAAAGGGUAGAACAAGGAGUCCUGAGCCUGGUGGAUAUAGAAGACGUGAUGGCCCCGUUCGUGGUCGUGGGACGUUUAGAGGUAGCAUAAGGGGACAGCUCCGCGCCAUGUAUGAUAGGAGGCAGAGGGGUUUUGAUGAACGAAUCGAUAGAAGACGAGAUCGCUCGUCUGCUUCUUCAGGAGGCAAUCGUAGCCUACGCCAGCGUGGCGAGCGGCGUCGUUCAGGUGAAGAUUCUGUCUCUGGAUCAGAAUCUCGCAGUUGUUCUCAACCUAGAACUAGCAACACUGAUGCGAUUCCUUUCAGGCACGUUUCUCGUAGAGACUUUAAAGAAGAGCGUCGUUCAGGUGACGAGACCAUACCUGCUAGUUAUAACUCGAUUGAUCAUCUUCGAGAACGGCAAAGAAGCGUUGAUCCCGAAAGAUCAAGUGCAGAACGACAAAGCUUACAAGCAAAACGACGCGUCAGGCGAGGCUCAGCAAGACACGUCUCAGCUAGUUCACAUUCCGAAGCAACCUCAGGUUCCCCGACUUCUUCCUCAUCCGGCUCGUCUUCUCAUUCAUCCUCGUCAAUUGGCCAGUUUGAUAAAAGAAAGGGACGAGUCUAUCAAAGAGAAUGGUCAAAAGAGGCCCCUAAUUCUGCUUUACAACUUGGCCGUGAUGCGCAGGAUGAUUCGGCUAUUAAGUCUUCGUUUAGCGGCGGCAAGAUUCUUCUCAAUGGACCUGGUAGUCCUGUUUCUCAGCCCAGACGAUCUUCUGUUUCUCGUGAUGAUGUUCAUGACGCCAAUGCCUUCGAAGGAGAGAAUACGAAUGCCGAAGUUUCAAGCAAACCAGCCCCUUCUAUGGCCUCAAAUUUUUUUAAUUCCUUCAUAGCCGAACCUGAUCUGGAUUCUGCUAAUGAGACAGCUGGCCUCGGCAGCGGAAAUACCAAUCAGCCAAUGUCGGACGAUGCAGAGCUUGGUUCAUCCUUAGUUAGCGGCCUCAUUCAUCUCAAUAAACGUGCUCCGCGCAUUCCUAAUCAAAAACUCAGUGAUUUAUCCGCUCAGUCUUCUAGAGGUGAAUCGAUUAGUAGGCGAUCCCUCAGGUUGGAUGAACGUCUGCCGACUAAGCGGCAGCGCGUUAACUCUCCACAGAUGCCCUGCACUGAUCGCGUUCAAAGAUCUGGCUCAAGUGGUUCACUUAGUUCUAGCCCCAUUGUUGAACGCCGAAGGGGCAGAAGAAAGCAG